AUGGGAAGUGAGCCAAUUGCCAUAAUUGGUCUGAGUUGCAAGUUUGCAGGGGAUGCAACCAGCCCAGCCAAAUUUUGGUCAUUGCUGGAAGAAGGACGGAGUGCAUGGAGCGAGGUUCCCUCGUCACGAUUCAACCCCAAAGGAGCCUAUCAUCCAAGUCGAGAGAAGCUGAGUACUUCACAUAUUCGCGGCGGGCACUUUCUGCAGGAGGACUUAGGGCUAUUUGACGCUGCCUUUUUUGGCUUUUCUACGGAAACGGCCUCGACGUUAGAUCCUCAAUUCCGGCUUCAAUUAGAAUCGGUUUAUGAGGCGCUUGAGAAUGCCGGUCUUUCACUAUCACAAGUGGCAGGCUCCAACACAUCUGUCUUUGCUGGCACAUUCUUUCAUGAUUACAGAGAUGCCCUAGUGCGUGAUGAGGAUAAUCUCCCCAGAUCCUUCAUCACGGGCAUUGGCUCAGCCAUGGCAUCCAACCGCAUAUCUCACUUUUUCGAUCUUCGAGGGGCCAGCAUGACGAUUGAUACCGGAUGUUCAACGACGCUAGUGGCUCUUUGCCAAGCGGUGGAGAACCUACGAAGCAGAGGAAGUGACAUGAGUAUCGUGGGCGGUGCCAAUGUGCUAUUAAACCCGGACAAUUUCAAAGCCUUGGGAUCAUUUGGCUUUCUCUCACCGGAUGGUAAAUGCUUCGCCUUUGAUGAACGUGCCAACGGCUACGGACGGGGCGAGGGCGUAGCCACCAUCGUGAUCAAACGCCUCGAGGAUGCGGUCGCGGCCGGCGAUCCCAUCCGGGCCAUCAUCCGGGAGUCGGUCCUGAAUCAAGAUGGUAAAACUGAAAGUCUCACAUCGCCCAGCCAGGACGCUCAAGAAGCUCUCAUGCGACACUGCUAUGCCAAGGCGGGCAUAGAUCCGGGUCAGACGCAGUAUUUCGAGGCCCACGGCACUGGUACUGCCACUGGUGAUCCGAUUGAAGCACGGGCGAUUACAUCCGUCUUUCAGAGUCAUAGACGGAGGGAGGAUGAGGCAUUACGCAUUGGCUCCGUCAAGACGAACAUUGGCCAUACCGAGGCAACGAGCGGGCUGGCUAGUGUUAUUAAGGUCGUGAUGGCGAUGGAGAAAGGUGUGCUUCCACCUUCAAUUAACUUCGAGAAGCCCAAUCCCCAGUUGGCCUUGGAUGAUUGGCGACUUAAGGUGGUGACUGAGUUGGAAAAGUGGCCAGUGGCGCCUGGUCAGGCGAUGCGAGCGUCCGUGAAUAAUUUCGGCUACGGCGGCUCCAAUGCCCAUAUCAUUAUGGAAGAUGCCAAUGGACUGUUGCGGAACCGCUCUGUCAACGGGCACAUCAAUGGGCACGUUAAUGGGCACGCGAAUGGAAAUAUCAAUGGUGUUGACGCUCAUGCUAAUGGGGCGACUGGCGACAAGUAUAGGCUUCUGGUCAUCAGCGCCAAAGACGAGCAUGUGCACCAGAAUAUGGUGGCCAGACUCGCAGAGUUUCUUCGUCAGAAGGAACGAGAUGGUUCAAAAGAUACUGAGGAUUUUCUCCAGAACUUGGUCUACACUUUGGGCCAGCGUCGCACCGUGUUCCCCUGGGUGGCAGCAUACCCCGUCCCCAUAACUCAAGGUCUUGACGGUGUCGCCAAGGUUCUGGAAACGCCCAAGUUCAGACCAUCGCGCCCCUCCCAACGCCCACGGAUCGGCAUGGUCUUCACCGGUCAAGGAGCACAAUGGUAUGCCAUGGGUAGAGAAUUAAUUACAACGUACCCUGUGUUCAAAGCAUCUCUCGAGGAAGCCGAUGGGCAUCUCCGAGACCUUGGUGCCGACUGGUCACUAAUGGAGGAGCUCGGUCGUGAUGCCAAGGCAAGCAGAGUCAAUCAGACGGCCUUUAGCAUCCCGAUUUGUGCCGCGGUGCAGAUAGCCCUGGUCCGGCUAUUGGAGACCUGGGGAGUUACCCCGGCGGCUGUAACAAGUCACUCGAGCGGAGAGAUUGCCGCAGCUUAUACGGUAGGCGCCAUCAGCCUCCGCCUCGCCAUGGCGAUCGCGUACUAUAGGAGCAAGCUAGCCGCUGAAAUGACCUCGAGUGGGCCUAUUAAGGGUGGCAUGCUGGCGGUUGGUCUUGGUCAUGUGGAUGUGGAACAAUACCUAGAGCGCCUUACUUGCGACGCUCGAGCCGUGGUGGCCUGCGUCAACAGCCCGUCUAGCACGACGAUGGCAGGUGACGUUGAGGCAAUUGAGGAACUCGAGACGUUGCUCAAAGCUGAGGAUGUGUUUGCUCGCCGGCUUCGUGUAGACACUGCGUACCACUCCCACCACAUGGAGCCAGUUGCAGAGAACUACCGCCAGGCGCUCCGCAAGAUGCCAAAGGAAGAGCCAAAGACCAAGCGUCUAGAAUCCAUUGCGUUUGCAUCCCCCGUCACUGGCUACCGCAUGACCAGCACCCGAGCUAUCGCCAACCCGGAACACUGGGUUGGCAGUCUAAUGCAGCCCGUCCAGUUCGUAGAUGCCUUCAUCGAGAUGGUCCAGGGUGACUUGUCCGCUGAGGCAGGUAGCAACAGCGUCGAUAUCAUUGUCGAGGUUGGCCCACACACCGCUCUCGGAGGACCCAUUCAGGAGAUUCUCACUAUGGAGGAAUUUGAGGGAGUCCGGCUGCCGUACUAUGGUACUCUCGUGCGACACGCUCACGCGGUCGAGAGUCUCCAGACGCUGGCAUCGAACUUGCUCAAGGAGGGCUAUCCAAUUAACAUAGAAUCCGUAAACUUCCCGCAAGGAAGAAGCCAGAACGUGCGCGUCUUGACCGAUCUCCCGUCGUAUCCCUGGAACCAUCAGACAAGACACUGGCUUGAACCGCGGCUCAAUCUGGGCUAUCGCCAAAGGGAUCAACGUCCGCACGAACUACUCGGCUCCCUGGUCCCGGGAACCAAUCCUGAAGCACCGGUGUGGCGACACAUACUCCGUGCUUCCGAGUCGCCCUGGGUCCAAGACCACGUCAUCCAAUCCAUGAUGCUCUAUCCCGGCUGUGGGUUUAUCUGCUUAGCUAUUGAAGCCGCUACGCAACAACUGCUCAUCGCCGAAGAACAGGAGGACCGUGAGAUAUCUGGUUACAAGAUUCAAGACGUGAACGUGCAGCAGGCACUCGUCAUUCCGGACACAGCUGAAGGCAUUGAGAUUCAAACAGCUCUCCGUCCCGUCAGUGACAAGGCCAUUGGUCUGCAAGGCUGGAAGGAGUUCGAGGUCUUUUCCAUUACUUCAGAAAACAGAUGGAUGCGACAUGCACAGGGUCUCAUCAUGGUUGAGUUCAACAACGUCCAAAAGGACGUCUGCUCAACGGAGCAAGAAAUCCGACACGCGCGACUAAUCGACGCCAAUGAUAUGUGGAGCACCCUGGAACCUCUCGGCAUCAAGUACGGUCCGACGUUCAGGAACAUUGGCGACAUCCACCAGUCGAAGACAGAACUUCGAUCAACAAGCACCAUCACUGUGCCCGAUACAUCUGUACCCAACGACCUACCUCGCAACCACAUUAUCCACCCUGCCACGCUCGACGCUGUCGCGCAAGCCGCCUUUACCGCUCUUCCCGGCGUUGCUUUCCAUCAAGAGAGCUCUCGUGUUUUCCAGUCCAUUGAAAGACUCUGGGUCUCGAGUAAAAUCAGCCGGGAGACGGGUCAGGUAUUUAAAUGUCACACAAAGCUGGACUAUGCAGAUGUACAAGGCAUAAGGGCAGGUGUUGUACUUUUUGAGCAAGAUAGACCUGUAGUUGAGGUGCAUGGACUCCAGCUACGCUCACUGGGUGGGAAUGGGACCCAGUCUUUGCAAGGUGGACUCUGUGCCAAGGUGGUUUGGGAGCGCGAUCUUGACUUGAAUUUUGAGUCAGAUGGCGCCUCGCAUACCGGUGAAGGUGCGGACCUUCGAAGACUUUCCCUCUAUUUUAUGGAAGAUGCUCUAGCAGACAUCUCCCCACUAGAAGCGGAUAAGCUUCAGGGCCAUUACCGCGAUGCCUAUGCGUGGAUGAAGGAUAAACUACAGUCCACGACGUUGGAUUCUAUACGGCCAGAUAGAGCAACUCUCACCCGACAAGUGGCAGAAGCAAGCCCAAGAGGCGAGAUGUUGUGCCGUGUGGGCCCAUGCUUAGCAGCCAUCCUCCGUGGCCAGAAGGCACUCCAAGAUCUCACGAACGAAGGUGGCUUACUCGAGAAGUGGUCCUCUGACAAUGGCGAUGGCGUUGCGCAAGGAGCCGCACUACUUCGCCAAAUCGUACACAAGCGACCUCGUGCGCGGGUCCUCGAGAUUGGAGCCCGACUCGACGGCACGACACGAGCCAUGCUAGAAGCACUGGGUCAACUUGGCUCUUUGUAUCACUUUUCCAACGCCACGGAUGACGAAUUUAAGCAUGCCGGACAGGAGCUCGCCGCGUGGUCUAAUAUUCUUAUGUUUGACACGCUCGACGUUGCCAAAGAGCCCUCUUUGCAGGGAUUCGAGUUGGGCAGCUACGACGUUGUAAUUGUAUCUGGAAUCGUGCAACCGUUGGCCCAAUCUCUGGCAAACUUGCAAGCCCUCAUAAAGCCCGGUGGUAAGCUGUUGAUGGUCCAGACGCCUCACUACGAGCUUGACAGAGAGCUUCUGCUUGGUCUCCUCCCCGAAUGGUGGGACGCCAAGAGCAACGGUCCAAAUGCAUCCUUGGAUGCUGUCUCGUGGGCUGAGCUUCUCAAGGAUGCGGGUUUCAGUGGCGUCGACGUUGCCGUAUCUGACUCUAAAGGCGAGACUGCACAUCAAACCAGCACGAUUAUAUCAACAGUGCCGCCAAUGGAUGUAGCCCCGCUGCCUCGCUCCGAGGAUAUCAUUCUCAUCACCAGUAACAGAGCAGGGGUUCCUCCACCACAGUGGCUCGAGGGACUGCAGAGUUUGAUUUCCAGGUUGGACCCUGACACAGCUCCUACCCCUCUGCCCGAUAUCUGUGUUCUCGAGUCCACAUCGGCAGAAUCAUAUACUGGCAAAAUCUGUCUCUUUCUAGGCGAAAUCAACCAGCCGAUUCUCCGUGACAUGGACGCCACAGCCUUUGAAGCCAUUAAAGCCAUGACCACCACCUGCAAAGGUCUACUUUGGGUGACCCGUGGCGGCUCCGUUGACUGUGAAAGGCCAGACCUCGGUCUUGCGGCAGGAUAUCUUCGCACCGCAAGGAGCGAGUAUCUUGGUCGGUCGUAUGUAACAUUGGAUCUCGACCCCUCUGCAACUCCCUGGUCGGACAAUGAUGUCAAAGCAAUCGUGCAGGUAUUGAGAGUGAGCUUCGACAGUUCCUCACCGGGUGAGUUCGAGUACGCCAUGCGAGACGGCGUGUUGAAGAUACCCCGUGUCCUCGACGAUAAGCCCCGUAAUCGUCUUGUCUCACCCACCGAUACCGGGGGGGCAGACGCCAUUACACUAGGGCCCCUACGCCAAGCAGACCGAGAAUUGAGCUUACAUAUUGCUGUUCCCGGUCGGCUUGACACUCUCUCCUUUACGGAAGAUGCGUCCCUUUCUGAUAGCGGCGACCUGUCUCCUGAAAUAGUCGAGAUCGAGCCUCAUGCAUACGGUAUCAACGCCCGCGAUGUCAGGGUCGCCACCGGCCAGCUACGUGGCGAGUUCAUGGGGCUGGAGUGUGCUGGCAUCAUCGGUCGUGUGGGUGCUGAAGCCGCAGCACAAGGCUAUGCUAUCGGUGAUAAGGUGUUUGGCCUGCUGCCGCAGGGGCAGUUCGGCAGCAUCGCACGCACGCCCUGGACAAGUAUCAUGCAUAUGCCCCCAAGCAUCAGCUUUGAGGAGGCUGCUUCCCUACCUGUCGCUUACUGUACCGCGUAUAUCUGCCUUACAGGCCUGGCGCAUCUGCAACCCGAUCAGACGGUUCUCAUCCAUGCAGCUGCAGGAAGUGUGGGACAGGCGGCUAUCAUGAUCGCGCGUCAUUUAGGCGCGGAGGUCUUUGUGACUGUGGGGACUCCCGAGAAACGCGAGUUAAUGACACAGAAAUAUGGUAUCCCGGAAGAUCACCUCUUCAACAGUCGAGAUACGUCAUUCGUGGAAGGGGUGCUUAGCGCUACCCAUGGCCGCGGCGUCGACAUUGUCCUUAACUCCCUAUCUGGGUCACUUUCCCAAGAGAGUUUCAAUCUACUAGCUCCGUUUGGCCAUCUUGUCGACAUCGGCCAAGGCGACCUCGAGGCCAAUAGCCAUCUGGCAAUGCGGCCCUCCAAUCAUCCUACGACCUUUUCGGCGUUUUCGCUGCUCGCUCUAGCCCAACACAACCCGCGUCAGUUGAAUCGCGCCAUGGUCGAAAUCACCAAGCUCAUUGGAGAGCAGCAGCUUUCCCCGGUCCAACCCCUCACAUCAUACUCCAUGAGGGACGUUUCAGAGGCGUUCCGCCAUGUGCAGACAGAGAGCCAUGCCGGUAAAACCGUGUUGUCUAUUGAAUCAGACAUGAAGGUCCCGCUGCUGCAACGAUCGCUGUCUCCCAAGUUCUCUCUGGACGCAUCAUACCUCCUAGUCGGUGGUGUGGGCGGUAUUGGAUGUUCCAUUGCGCGUUGGAUGGCCGACCAAGGGGCGAAGAACAUCAUAAUACUAUCAAGGAGUGCGGGCCGGAGUGAGCAAGCUGUUGCGCUCAUCGACGAACUGAGCGAGGUGGGCUGUCGGGUCAAGGCUGCGAGCUGUGAUGUCUCAAGCGAAAGCGACCUUGCAGAUGCUCUGCGACAAUGUCAAGAAGACGGUCUACCACCCGUCCGUGGUGUGAUCCAAGGAGCCAUGGUUCUGAAGGAUACACUCCUGGAGCGAAUGACGCUCACCGAUUACGAAACUGCCAUCCAUCCCAAAGUCCAUGGCACAUGGAACCUCCACACGCAGUUCGCACAGAAAGACUCUCUGGACUUCGUGAUGCUCUCUUCGGCUGUUGCCGUCGCCGGUAAUGCCAGCCAGGCAAACUAUGCCGCGGGGGGUUCCUACCAAGAUGCACUGGCUCGCUGGCGAGUGUCGCAGGGUCUGCCAGGCGUUUCCAUCGACCUUGGGGCUGUUAAGGGUAUCGGCGUCGCUGCCAAUACGGGUGUGUUGGGUCACUUGCAGAGAGUGGGUUUCGCACCCAUCAAUGAAGAGCAGGUCCUCUCGAUCCUCGGUACCGCCAUUCUCCAACCAUAUGAUCCGCAGGUGGUGGUCGGGUUGGACUCUCGCCCAGGUUCGCAUUGGGAUGCCAAGGGCGAGUCCCAGCUCGGACGCGAUAUGCGGUUUGCUGCCUUGAAACCGCGUGAGGCCGAUGGUGCAGGGGGCGCGAAUCCAACAGGAGGUGCCAACUCCCUCGCCAGCAAGCUCGCGGCGACCAAGUCACUGGAGCAAGCAGUCGAGUGCGUUGGUGCAGCUAUUGCAGAGAAGAUCUCGGAUAUCUUCAUGAUCUCUCUUGACGAAAUCGACUUAGCCCAUAAGCCGGCGCAAUACGGAAUUGACUCCCUUGUUGCAGUUGAGCUUCGAAAUAUGCUCGUUCAGCAAGCGGCGGCCGAGGUGUCAAUCUUUGAUGUUAUGCAGAGCGUUACCUUAUCUGCGUUGGCGGCCACUGUUGCUGCUAAAAGUGCAUAUAUCAGCCAGUCGAAUUAG